AUGUCUGUCUCCUCGCGCCAAUCUUCCUCCACUUCCAAAUGGUGGUCUCUGUCUUCGAAAACCGCCGCCGCCUCCAGCUCGAAGCAGACGAAUCCCCCCAAGGAUGCCCCCGGCAGCGCCAAAGCCGCUUCGGGCUCCAAGUUCAACACUUUGGCCUCCGCGAUAGGCUUCAAGUCGAAGAAACACCCUGUGCUGGCCAUACAGGAGCCCCCGUAUCUUCCGAGGACCCCCAGCUUCCCGAAUGUCUCACCGGCCAUUGAGCUUCCGCCUCAGAAUGACAGGAAGUACAUGAACAGGCCCCCUUCGAAAUCGGUCUCAUCGACAAAGUCCCCCGUGGAAUCUAUUGGGCCAGUUACCCCGGUGGAACACCACAACCCCCACCGUCAGUCUCUUUUGACCCUUUCUGAUCAAGACCCAUUUGCGUCGUACGGGAUGAACGCCGUCGCUGAUCCAAACCGACUGUCAGUAUACUCCGGUUCAUCCGGUUCGGACUAUAUGUCGAAGAAGGCUAGCAUGCAGCGCACUUCGUAUGCCUCUUCCGCGUUUUCCUCAGCAGGAGACCAGCAGCUGUCCCCGGGAGCACGGUGGCAAGAGCCUCCUCCGGCUCUCAAGCUCAAGCCUCGUCGCUCUCAGGGCAGUUUGCAUCGAAAGGUGUCCAUUUUGUCAGCGGAGAGUUCUCUGACCUCCGCUUGGGAGAGUCUCACUCAUUCUGCCAAAUGUCCUACCUCUUCAUCACCUGUCACUCCGUCUGACCCGCAUCGACUCAGCCAACCUCCUCCCAACCCUCUCCCACGUCCUCCAAUGCGUGCCAGAGGAAUGACUGAUACAGGAAUGAGGCAACCAUCGUUUCCUCCAAGUGAGCCGUCGUCGUCGACCUCGGUAUCAACAUCAUCACUCGUUCCGUCCCCAUCUCGACGCAUGUCCCCUACUUUCUCACCGCCGACCUCUGCUCUUCGACGGAAGCAAUCUUCGACUCGUAUGGGAGGUCCCCCUCCAAGCGCACCUCCAACACAUGAUUUGCCGUUGCCUCCUGCGCUUGUCGACGGUGCAACUGCCGACGACGAUUCCGAUAUCCUGCCCGACAUCUCCACUUCUUCUACAUCCUCAUCUGGCCUUUCUUUCGCAUCAUCCACCUCCUCGAACAGAGACGCCUAUUUUGCACACUCGCGUAAACCUUCAUUAGAAGAAGAGCCGGGUCAUUCAUCUUCCCGUCAGAAAAAGAGAAAACAGUAUCAGGCCAAAGAAAUUAUCCGACCACCUAUUGUAGCCCCACAACCUCCGCCUUCUCCCCUUUCGUCGCCCCAAACUCUCAAGCGUGCGCUUUCUCAUCAGUCGCUAAUCAAGCGCCGAACAAGUGCGAGCUCAAUAGCUUCAGGUUCUGCGACAGAUGCUCCACUUGAGAAAGCUCCCCGAAAGCAGCGCUCGUAUCCUCGAAUACCAGUUCCACCGCUUCCGCAAUCCCUCAGACAUGCUACCUCCUUUGGGCCAACAGCUCCCCUUCCUUCGGCACCGACAUCAACGCAGAGAACGUCCAGUUCACAUGGCGCGCUUCCAACCCGAGGUCGGUUAUUUUCAGGCCCCACCUUGAGAAGGCCGUCAACGUCGCAGUGCACUCCUGUGGAUGAUGAUAUACGGUCAGUAUUUAGCUUGCCGUUGGAACAAGAAAGAAUGCAAGGAUUGUCCUUGUCGCGGAACAUGCCGUCUACAUCGUCAGCUGCCCAAUCUACGAGUCUUCCAAGGUCAUCGUGGGAUUGCAAUUCCAUCGACGAGCCAGCCAGUCCGGCCACUUCGUCGGUAGUGGACUAUACUCCAAGGCGGAUUAAAUCCCCAGCAGAGAUGGCGAAGAUAGAGGCGAGCGUGCAUGAGGCUGGGUUGACGUAUGUGCGGCCAAGGGGGUCGUCAUUCACGUCGGUAUCAACGACAAUGUCGGAUGAUGACUACUCUAUUUCUGCUCCCCAUUCACCGCCCACUUCGAUCCAUCUCCUUCCGAUUCUCCCUCCGCAUACAGGGUCUCCAUUACGGAGUGCGUCCAUGAUUAAUAAGGCGCCUCCCGUUCCACGUCUUCAAGUGCGGCCGUCCACAUCGCAGGCAACAAUAUCCCCUCCGUCCUCUCCAACCUCCGCUUCAUCACCACGGAGUCAUUUAUUCUUCCCUUCGACUUCUUUCCAGCCUGUGACGAACAGCUUGCCCCCUCCUCCUCGACCGAGGCCGAUACGUCCCUCCACUGCCCCUCUUGCUCCUCCACCCGAGACGCCCGUGUCUGCUUCCUCCUUCGUUCACACGCCGCGCAUUGUCCCCCUCGCCCCACCUCCACGAAGGAAGGUCUCUGUGCCAAAGCUAUCUUCCGAGAGAAUAUUGCAGCGGCGGUCGCUAUUGCGAAAACCUUCUUUCUUGGAGAUAGACGAUGACAUCGACAAGGAAGAGCCUAAUGGUAUUGAAGACAGUUUUUUGGACCUUGCCCGUGAAUCAUUCGAUACUGUUCGCACAAUAGAUGAAUAA